AACUUAAGUAUAUGUGCUGCAUAAUUAAGCUCUACAUCAAGUGAAUAUAUAUAUAUUUAUAUAUUUCAUUUUAUUAGGUUUAAAUAAAAUUGUUAUUGUUAGAAACAAGAGAAGGAGAAAAUGUCAAGGUACACACCAACGAAAUAUACGCCAAGUAAGAGUAAUAAUGCAGCUGUUAAUUAUUACUACCACUUUCGAAAAGAUUUCCUUGCACCCUACGGAUUGGCCCAUAGUGAAAAAACCUUUUCAGAUGCAGACUUUGCUCAAAAGCUAAACGAUAUAAAUUGCGAGUUCUAUUGCAGACCUCAGGUAGCUAUAUCAGAAAUGGCCUCCAGCAUAGUGGAAAACCUAGAGUAUGUGAUUAAAAACACUCAAUGCAUGGAAGAAAAAAACAUGUCUAGAUUUAUCACAAAAAUACAAAAAAUAUUCCCAAGUUUGAAUGUCAUAAACUCAAAGGCUAACGUAGAUGGCGACAUAAAGAAGGCGCUAGAAGAUGUGAAAAAAUGUUUAACUUCAGAAAGCCUAUUUCUUGAUACUUUCAUUGAAGAGGGACUAAGAUUUGCAUCAUCAUUGUAUUUAUCAUUAAUAUGGCUACGCGCAGGAAAAUUUGUAAUGAAAAACCCAGAAAUUGUUUUGCAGAAACUUCAUCCAGCAGCUACAGGCUUUACACAAUUCAAGCGAGAUGUGUCAGCGGAUGCUUACAUGCAGGACAUUGCAACAGCCUUAGGGGCAUUGAAUUUAACAUCAACCACUAAGGAAUCCGUUAAACGAAAGUUGCUAAUAGAUAUUCCGUCCAGUGACGAGGAAGAGAUGUAUAUGCCUCCCAAAAAAAAGGUUAAUAACGAUAGCGACAACUAUGAUGAUGAGACACCUGACCCUAGUAAAAGAAAAUUUAAACACGACAGUGAUAGUGAAGAUGUAAAUAAUGAACAUCAUGUUAAGAAGAACAAAAAGUCGAAAAAAUCGAAAAAACAGAAGAAAUUCUUAACUGACUCUGAAUAGGCUUUCAGUUCAACAGAUAUAUUUAUAUAAUUAUUCAUACGGAUUUUGAUUUUGUUUUUAAAGUUUGUUUAGGACGUUUUGUUAGCAAUAAUGUUAACCUAACUUUGUAAAUAUAAAAAGGUAUGUAGACUGUUUUUUUUUCUAUUGACAGCCUUGUUUUUUCAAUUAGAGGAAUAAAUAUGACUAGUUUUUGUGUAUUUUCACAAGCUGAUGCUACAAGAGAAUUUUGAAAGGUUACUUUGGAAACUAAAUGUUGUUAUUUAAAAGUAAAUAAUUAUUUGAGGAAACAUGGCUACAUGACGAUUAAGAUGUUUUUUUACUGAACUCAUAACGUUUCGCUCAUGUACACUCCCACAAAAUAAUGCCAAAAACGUUUUUUAAAGGCUUACUUGGAAACUAAAUAAUUAUUUGAGGAGAAAAGGCCUGACAUAGUUUUAUGGAAAUAUUAUUUUCUUAAUUCUUUCUUAAUUAUACCUUAUGCAAUAUUUAUUACAUUAUAAGACUGUUUUCUGUCAUGAUAAGGCCUUCUUAAAAAAUUGACAUGCAAAAAAUAUUUUUUUUCUUUAGGUUGCAUAAUGGAAAACAUAAAUGCUGUUGUUGAAAAUGACUAUGUUGAAACCAACAAUUAUACUGCAUAAAAGAAGAUUAACUUUAAAAUUAUAAACAUGAACAUGCCUCUCUAACACGCACAAUUAAGAACAGAAAGAAACAUUAAAAGGUAGAAGCGAAUAAAUCAACAAGAAAAACUUGAGUACGAACAAAUUCAAAAAGAAGAGGUGAAAAUACGAUAACAUUUACAGAAACAAAUGAAUAGUUAAUGCUGCGUGACUUGAUAAUUAAUUUGAAAAGGAACUUAUUCUUUAAAUGCAGAAACUUCUGUGUGGAUAGUGAAAUUGAACGUUAUGAGAGAACAGUUAAUUCCAUGAAUGGAAUUUUUUUAAAGACAGUGUUUCGUACACAAUGUAAUUUUUUACAGCUUUUUACUUAACACAAAACCUUUGUAAAUAUAAAACAUUAUAUAAACUGGUCAUCAUAAAACAAUAUGUUUUGAUGUUGACAUUUAAAAAUAUAUAAUUAGUUGAGGAAACAAGGCAAUAUUACGAUGUUAAAAGAACAACAUUACAGGUCGUCUAUUUUUUACUAGUUCUUACAAACAAUAGUGUACGGAGUAUGAGUGAAAGUAUUUUUUUACAUUGUUUUAGUAUUUUUUGUGGACGAAUUUUAAGACUCUCAAUUGAAUUCGUUGCCUUGUUGUACUGGUAAAAUAUACCAUCAGAGUGAUAGCUUAGCCAAUAAGAUUUUUUGAUAACUCGCGAAGUUAUACAAUCUCUGGAAAAUUUUGGCCGUUAGUUAAAAAAACUGCUGUAUAACUAAGCUGCAUAUCAUGUAGAUUUAUCAAUUUUGUUUCACGGCCCGUUAAUUAUUUUGCUUCUUAUUGUUUUAGGUUUAAUAGACAGUAACUAAAAAAUCGCUUCUGUAAAAAACUAAAAAAGAAGAGAAAGUGUGCUUUGACUUUAACCUGUUUCGGUAUAACCAAAUUUCACUUUAUUAUUUCAAUGGUAUAGCUUAUGUGCAAUAAUAAUAAUAACAAUAAUAAUAGAAAUGCAGAAAAAAUGAAGUAAUCUUUGUUUGAUAAAAUGAGUAAACUACUGAUCAUUUAUUUAGACAAAGAACGACUUAAAAUGGCAAGCAAUAAUGUCAGUUUUUUAAAUGAGUACAAAUGCUUUUCAAUUUAUCAUCGUGUGAAGAAAGAGGACUUACAAAGAAAUAUUGCCACCCAAAAUAAACGGCGAACUGAAGAAGAAGAGAAGAGAAGAAUAUUUAACGAAAAUAAUUCAAUUAAACAUACAAACGGUAUAACUAUUUCAUAUUUCUGGUGUUAAAUUUAAAGUUUAUCAAUUUUCUACAAAUAACGUUCUCAGGAUAUCUCACAUUGUAUUCCAGAUAUAAUAUUAUAUUAUUCUGAUACAAGUUUUCUCAUUUAGACUCCAAAAAAUGCAAAAAUGUCAUUACGGGAUUAACAAAAUGGAUUGAGUUAAAGAGCUGGAGUACUUGUGAAAAGUAAGUGUAACAUCAUCCAGUUAAUAAGACUAACUUGAGUCAAAUAUUAAGACUGCACAAUACUUAAAAUAUAUAGGUGCCACUCAUUAUGCCGACAGAAAAUGCUGCCUUCAUACCUUUCUGCAAAAAAACCCAAAUUGAAACAAUGUUAUGCAUGCAGUGGCAGAUAUCCUCUACCAAGAAUAGAUGACUUCCCAACAGUAGUGUUAACUUGUACACAAGACGAUGCUAACCUGCUGAGAGUAUUUCAUGUGGACUUAGGUGAAUACAUAAAACACAAAUAUGGUUACCGUCAGAGAUCUUCUC